AUGUCUGCGACUGAAAGGCCGAGUACAGCAGAUCUAAAAAUUAUGGCUCUCAGACAACAACAUCAAAUUGAUACCCAACAACAACUUUUAGCUACCAAAGAACAACGUUUACGUUUUCUUAAAGCUCAAGAAGCAUGCGAAUCGAUCGCUAUUGCCGAAGGAGAGCGUCUACGAAGACUUCGAGAAAGAGUUGAGGCCCAAGAAUCAAAACUGCGCAGAUUAAGGGUUCUGCGGGGGCAAGUUGAUUUGCAGAAAACUUAUAAUAUCCACCUAGGCAAUGAUUUAGAUACAAUUAGAGCGUUAUUCAGCGAAAAAGAAAAAGAAUUAACACUUGCUGUUGCUAAAGUAGAAGCAUUAACAAGACAAUUAGAGGAACUUAGGAGAGAUCGAAAAGGUUCUUUGAAUUUGCUUUCCGGAUUGUCAAGUACUUCUGCAGCAGCCGUUGAAUUAGAAAAAAUGAGGAAUGAACUCAUGUACCGUAAUCAACUUUCCCUCCAACAAGACGUUCAUUUAAAUUUGCAACGCGAAGCUUUACAAACACGAAAAGCAGAACUUAUAUCCGUGGAUCAUCGUAUUUUAGAGUUACAAGGCCGACUUCACAAGAAGAAAAUAUUGAAUGUAAUGAAGCAAAACAAUUCUUCCUACGUUACCAAUGCCAAAAGCAUUUAUUCAAAUCAUUUCAGACCAACAACUUUUCACGCUCAGCAUCGAACAGUUCCUAGAAACAAUAUUGUCGCUGUGGAACCGUUCAAUCAUCUUCCCCAAACAAAUGCCACGUUAAGCAGAAACGAAAACAAAAUCAACAUUUCAAACAAUAAAAACGAUAACAUAUCGCCUACUCAAACAAUACAAGAAUUGUCUAAUAUUAAAAUUAAACUUACUUGUCAGUUGCCCUCGGUAAUUUUACAUAACACAGCUGUUUUAAAUUCAAACUUAGUUGCCGAAAGUGACGAAAACAAACUUGCGGCAAAACAAAAACGACAUGAAAAUAUGUUUAUGAACAAGGUUGAUUAUGAUGGUUAUUCACCAUGUAAAACUAAGAACACACAAGAAAGUUGCAAAAUGCUUGAUAAAUCAGAUGAUUCAUAUAAGGACGAAAAACGCUUAGAUAGUAAAGAUAACUAUGAUCGUAACCAACAUGUAGUCAAUAUUAACGUUUCAAAUUCAAAUAUGUUGGAUGAAAACAUAAAUGUAUGCGAUAGCGACAAAGUUACUGACUUCAAUGAAAUUUCUACCCGCACACAACUUGCAGUAACGGUUCAUAGCACUCCUAUGAUAUUUUCAAAUAAAUCAGUUGCUAUUCCAGUUUCAUUAUCAAAGGCUAUUGACUCUGUCGACGUUAUGUCAAAAGCAAUACACAACAAUGCCAUAGGAAUUGGAUAUACAACUUUGCACACCAUUCCAUCGGGGAAUUUAGUGGUUCCUCCACGAAAACCAAAUAAAAAUCUUUGUUUGAUAGAUAAUUCAAGCUGCAUAUUACCUGAUAGCAAAGAAAUAAACAAUGCCAUGCACCAGUUAUCAGAAUUGACAACACACACUAAGACAAUCACUGAUUCAAUUAAAAAAAUUAAACCUGCUUUACCCCCCAAGCCUAGCAAAUGUAUUAUUCAUCACACUGGGAUAGAAUCAAUAAAUUUUUUGGAAGGAAAUAGCAAAAUAGAUAAAUGUUUAGACAUACUAAACAGUUCACCAACAUCUGAAAAUGAAAACUUUGCGGAUAACCUGCCCAUCAAAGCUAAACCUUUAACGAUAAAAAAAUCUCCUUAUUGCGAACAACCUAAGCUAAGACAAACGAUAUGCAAUGUUGGGUCAUACAAAGUACAAUUUCAGGGAACAACACGUGUCCCAGAUAUGCAUAAAACAGAGAAAACAAAUGCCUUGAAUACCGCACAAGAAGAACAUACCAUCUGUGGAGUAAAUGAAAAUAUGUUUUUGGAAAAAGAACAUAUUUUCAACGAGACUAAUGACAGCAUUAACUGCGAUAAUCAUUCAGAUCAAUUACACGACGAACGUUCUUUUGAAAUCCCUCGCCGAAAGCGUAGUUUUGUUUCAACAGUAAUCACAGAUGGAAAAAGAAAACUAGCACGUCGCGUUAGCUUUGAUCCUUUGGCGUUGUUGUUAGAUGCAAGUUUGGAAGGUGAACUAGAACUAGUACAGAAAUCAGCUCUGCAGGUUCCCAACCCAAGCGCAGCAAAUGAUGAGGGAAUAACAGCCCUACACAACGCCAUUUGUGCUGGUCAUGUGGAGAUUGUAAGAUUUUUAGUUGGCUUUGGAUGUGAUAUUAACGCACAGGACUCAGACGGUUGGACUCCACUCCAUUGUGCGGCUAGUUGCAAUAAUCUAGCAAUGGUCAAAUAUUUAAUCGAGGCGGGUGCGUGUUUAUUCGCGGCAACAUUGUCUGAUCAUGAAACCCCGGCAGAAAAAUGUGAAGAGGAUGAAGAAGGUUUUGACGGUUGUUCAGAGUAUAUAUAUAACAUUCAAGAAAAACUUGGAAUUCUAAAUAAUGGAGAGGUAUAUGCCGUUUUUUCAUACGACGCCCAACAGACUGAUGAAUUAAGUUUUUCCUUAAAUGACAAACUUAUCAUAAUUCGCAAAGGAGACGACUCUGAAAGAGAAUGGUGGUGGGCGAGAGAUAAAAACGAUAACGAAGGAUAUGUUCCAAGAAAUUUACUUGGCUUAUGUCCGCGAGUUACACCAUCACCAAUAGCACGAGUAGUAUCUUAAUAUAAAUGUGUGAAUAUAUGGCUGAUUGUAUAAAAUAAAAAAAUAAAAUUAUAUACACAAUUAUCUGCGAACGUAAAAUGUUGAUACCUAUUAUAUGUUAAUAAUGAAUUCAACCCAUAAGCCAAUCUUAAUCGAGUAGUAAAAAAAAAACAUAUUUAAUAUUUUGAUCGCAUUUAAUAUUUUUUUUCGGAUAUAUAAGUUCAGUCUUUGGUGUUGGUGAGACGAGUAAGGCGAACGACCAAAUGAAAAAAAUUAUUCACCAAUAUUUGGUAUUUGUUAUAAAUUGUAUACCAAAAAAAUGGAAAAUUCAUAUAUAUUUUAGUAGGGCGAAAAUUGUAGCUGGUGUCACUAGUAAUCGAAUAAUGUCAUAGGUCAUCGCUUUGAAUUUUGAGAUAUUUACAAUCAUUGUAAAAUGUUUCACCUUUUCUAAGGUCAUCUAUCACAAU